GGUGCUUCUUGGCUAAUUUUAACCUGGCAGUUCAAACAUGCAAAGAGACCAAAAGCAACGUUAUAAAACAAGGGGGAAGCAACAUCUGAGGUGGAACCUUCGCAAGACCAUUGACUGAAUAAGGAUUACAAAAAUAUCUUGUUCAGCGUCCUGUAGACAUGAGUCAGCGUUCCCGGGCCUCCAGGGUGCGAGCGCAUGUCCACUGUGAUUCCUGCUACAGCCGGCGCUGCAGGGCUCGGGUGGAGGUCUCUGUGUGCUGCGCGCUCAUCUCCUGCCGCCUGCACUGUGGAGCUCUCUUCCACCUCUGUAAAGAGGAGGAUCACCUGCUGCUCUGCGGUAACGUGAGGGUGCCCUGCCUCAACGCCGAGUACGGCUGCCCGCUCCACCUGCCCCGCUCCUCCCAGGCAGCUCACCUCCAGGCGUGUCCCGCCAGCGUGGUGUGCUGCUCCAUGGAGUGGCUCCGGUGGCCCGUCGAUGACACAAACCCACAGGGAGGCUUAGCCCUGCAGGAGAACGUGCUGAAGGAAACCAAGGGGCAGCAGGAGCCUCUGGAUCUCGCCAUGGCCCUGGUGGAUCAGUCAGACCUUUUUGACCGCUUGAAAAUGGAGCCUCUCUUUCCAGAGCUGAUGGAAGUGGUCAAGGAGGAAAUGAAGGAGGAGAAGAGUGACGAGACGGCAAUGGGAGGGUCUCUCAAUGGUGUCACAGACAAAGAAAACGGCCUGUGUGAGAAUAGCUUUGUGGAAGAGACUCUACAGAACGGAGUCGGGGAAGCCUCAGGCAUCAGCAAAGAGAAGUACGACCUGUGUGAGAUGAUGUUCGGCAUGGAGAAAGGCGGCUGUGCUGUUGCUCACGCAAACCAAGACGACCCCAAGCCCGGUGAGAAGGUCGCAGAAAGGUCGCAGAAAGACGAAGCAGUCCCAGACAAGACUGGUCAGGCCCCAUGGCAGGAGGGCGUCAUGGAGCGUCUGGGACAAGAGCUCACACCGCAGGAGUACAACAUGUAUGUGAUGCAUCACGGGCGCAUGCUGCUUACUUUCGGAAAGAUCAAGGCCUGCACACCGAGGGAGGACGAUUUUGUCUACGGCAGCCUGGAGCCGAUCCCCGUACAGACCUUGCACUCCUUCAAGGUACCCGAAAGCUAUCACUACAGCAGAAGGCGAGUUCGUCACUAUGACACAAAGCGGCCUCCGAGCGAGCCUCGCGGUGUGGACACGUCCGACCUCGUACUCAACGAAGAGGACUGCUUUACUGAUGAAGCAGCAGCCACAUUGCUGGGCUACGCGGAAAUAGAAGUCAGGGGUCACAAGAUCAGUGAGUCAAACGCAUCGGACGGGCUCUACGUCGACGUGGCAACGCAGACGCACUCGUUCCGCACGGCCCCGUUUAAAGCGAGGACAACCCUGGCCGAGGUGACGGUGGACAGACCGCCGAGGCUUCAUCUUCAGCUACAGUCAGAGAGGGUGAACAGCAGAAACACCAGAGCCAACAGUGUCUUCACCUUCCUCUGCGGUCACACCUUCCACCGCAGGGAGUUCCCCACACAUUUCAGGAACGUCCACAGUGACAUUCAGACGAGUCUGAGUGGAUGGUUCGAGCAGAGAUGCCCCCUGUCCUACCUGGGGUGCACCUACAGCCAGAGGAGGUUUCAGCCCUCCACACAUAAAGCCAGCGUCUCCUAUGAUCACCAGCUGAGGAGUUUCAACUUGCGUCCAGCCCUUGAGACCUCAGUAGGUGAAGACCCCGAGGCGCCCAGAAGCUCAGUGGUCUCCUCAGAUGCUCGGAGGAAGAGGGGAGGUCGGACAAGAGGAGGAGUGGACUCUCUGAGCUUGCUGCCCUACGAGGUUCUCUGUCACAUGGCCAGUUUCCUGGACAGUCUGUCCCUGUCCCAGCUGUCUCUGGUGUCCCAGACGAUGAGGCAGGUGUGCUCCUCCCUGCUGCAGGAGAGAGGGAUGGUCACCCUCUGCUGGGAGAAGAAGAUCUACUCACACGGAGGAGCAAAGUGGAGGGCCAAACCUGUAUGGAAGUUCAGCCACCUCUUCUCCUCGGUGGAUUCGUGGCAUAUGGCGGACGUCCCGCCAAUAUCUGCUCAUCUAAAAGUCUGUCCUUACAACGAGACCUCUCUGCGCAGUGAGCCUGUUCCCCUCCUAAGCAUGAGCAACAAACAGGAGGGCAGCCAGGAGAGGGUGAGCCUCGUCAACCAUUUUGCAAGAAACAGAUUGCAACAAUAAAAAAAACGUGGUUUAAUUCUACCUGCUGUUUUAGAACUUAUUUAUGUGUUUUGACUCUGAUGGCACACUGCCGUCACUGCACGGUAUAAUGAUGAUGUUGUAUGUUGUAUGUCACAAAGCACAAACAAAGAGCAAAUAAAGAAAAC